GUAAGCGCGCAGCCUUGAUAUAUAAAGAGGGAAAUGGCUACAUCGUUGCUUUCAUACUGAUCGUAUACAUCUCGAUCGUGGCAAGUCUUCGACAUUUUACAACCUUAUAAUAUUUUAGUAUCGGUUUGGAGUAGCUUGAUUCCCUUAACGUGGUAUUAGUUUGCGAUGGCGAAGAGAAAUAGAAACUUGGUUUCGAGCAUCAUGGCAUCCCAAGUCUCUGGAAAAUGCAUUAGAACAAACAUGCUUCCUAAAGAUUUCAUAGAAGAUGUGGAUCGCCGUUUGAAUUUUAAGGAGAUACCUGUUAUUUUGGCGAAAUUAGAACGACAUAGCAGUCUCCAGAGGUUUAAUUUCUCGAAGUGUAUGAGAUACAUAGAGGAACUUUCACACUUCUUCACGGAGACGAUGAGUGUAUCAGAGAUGUUUUACAGCGAAAACGAACUUCCAGUUUAUACGAAGGAGAGAGCUCGAAUUGGUCAAGUUUUAAAUUUAUUCGGUGGAGUGGAGAUUGUGGUGCAAAUCCUUUUUUAUCCUGUUACUUAUGGCUUCAAGCUUUGCAAGUUGAAACCAUCAAGACUGCAGCAAACAGAAUUGUACCUAGGAUGUCUUGAUUUCAUCCAUAACAUUUGUCUAGUGGUUGAUGGAGUUGCUGUUAAUUUAGCAAAGAGAAAUGAAUUGAUUAGUCAUUUGUUCACUCUCCUGGAACAAAAGAAAACCUUUUCCCGUGCCUUGGUAGUAUUAGAAGAUCUUUUUGGUUCCAGAAAAGAAAUUAUCGAUUUAGACAGGAUUGUAAAUAUGAGAAAACUGAUAAACAUCUUAGAUCAGAAACAACUGGGGAACUUUUGUCGUGUUUUGUCAUUUACCUUGUCAGAUUUGGAAUCUGUAGAGGAGAGAAGUACAUUGCUUGCCCAGGAUGAAGUUGACAGAAAGGGAAUGUCACAGAAGGAUGUUGCAGAUAACAAUCAAGCAACACUCAUAGGUUUAAAGGAAUUUCUUCCAAGGAUAGUGAGAUUAGCAUGUCAGCCAAUGGUAGAGAGAUCUUCCCAUUUCCUGGAUAUGGUGGAUUUCCAAACAUUCUUACAAGAUGUCUUUAUGUCAGAAGGGCUUGAUUUAGAAUCAGAUGAGCAUGAAUCAUUAGGGCAUAGAACACUACGAUCUUCCUUUAGCCAUAUACAAGGUCACAUACAUGAGGUUACUGUCUUCUUAAACACAGAAACUCUUACAAUCAAGACGUUAGAGGAAAAAAUACUAAAGGAGAGGUUUGGUAUGGUGGCACCUGAUGUCGAGAUCGACGAUGGAAAAGGCAGCAUAUUAAUAUCCAGUGAGGAGGGUGAAACUGACGAAAAUUUACCGAAGACGUUAAGGGAAUUCCAUGUGGGUAACAGUGCGAGGUUGAAGGCGGAUGAUUUCCUUCAAAGUUACCAGCUUAUUCUUAACGUUGUACAUAGAGAUAAUUUAGAAGACGAUGUAGAAUUUGAAGUAGAAGGUGAUUUACCAGCACCCAAACCAGACAGUCCUGAACCGGGUCCUUCGACAGCAUCAGAAGACAGACAGAAUCAACCAGCAGAUGGUGAUAAAGAGGAAGUGAUGGUUGUAGAUGAACCAGCUCCCUCGCGGAAGAGGAAAGCCGAUGAGUCAGAAUUGGAGGCUAGAGAGCAGCAAGACUCAAAGAGUUCAAAGCGAGCAAGACUUUCUCACGCACCGGCGGAUGAAAAUGAUGACGACAUCAUUGUUCUUUGAGCCGUAAGGACAACUUCAUCCGAUAUCUUCCGAUAUUUUCCUUCUUCCAAAAAAGUUGUGCUUACGGAAUCAACGGAGUUUACCUCAAGAUAUUUUUAAUCAUCUGUUGCGCCGCGCAUGACCAUCUUCAACUUGAAAGUUG